CGGCGGCUUGGGGGUGGGUGUCGGCGUCGUUUCGGAUUCCGGCCUGGGUUUCUAGGGAGGGCCGUCGGCCGGGGUGUGUGGGGUUCCGGCCCGGACUGUAGGGGUCGCUGGGCUGCAGGCUUCGAAGCCGGUCGGUUUUUAAAAGGAGUGCCUCCCGCCCGUGGCAUCCGUGGAUGUGCUCGGCUGUGAGCCCCGGCCUGGUCCCGUGGACAGGCUGGAACCCUAUGGCCGCACCCGGGGAGCCGAUUGCAACUUGAUGCUGAGUGGCACUACAGGAUGAAGAGGGAGGUAGCUUCCUUCUGAAGAUAAAUGUGAGAGCUGUGACCCAGAGCUGCAGUGUUCUGCAGGAAAUGGCCAAGGAUCCCACUGAGCCAGCCAGAGGUCCACGCUCCACCGUUUUAGCAAGUAAAGACAUGGGGACUUGGAAGACAAGAAAGCAGCAUAAUUUGGAAUAUGGAGUGUCAUUACAUAACGUGAGCCAGCUCUUGCAAGAUAAGAAAGGAGUUCCUGGAGCCAGGAAUCCAUCCUCAGUGUGAAAGACCUAGACAGGACCCCACACCAGAGCUCCACGGCGCAAGCAGAGGAAACGCAAAGGUCUCAGGCUUGCUAAUCAUUUUACGCAGAGAACAGAAAAUGACCAUGUUGCAGGAGCCGUUCUCAUUUGAAGAUUUAUCUGUGGACUUCACCCAGAAGGAAUGGCAACUGCUGGACCCCUCUCAGAAGGACUUAUACAAGGAUGUCAUGCUGGAGAACUACAGCAGCCUGGUGGCACUGGGGUAUGAAUUUAUGAAACCUGAUGUCAUCUUCAAGUUGGAACAAGGAGAAGAGCCUUGGAUAGGAGAUGGAGAGGUUCCAAGUUCAGAGUCUCCAGAACAAGUCUUGCAAGUAAAUAGUCAUAUGGUGUGGCACCAGGAUAACCAAGAGAAGCUUAAAAAUGUGAAGCAAGAUUAUGAAUGUGAUACAUUUGGAAAAAAUUUCAACAUGAGCAUAAACCUUGUUCCUUUAAGGAAGUCAAAUGAUGAAGGUGAUGUAGAUGGAUUAAUUUUAAAACACAAUUUAGACUUACUUCUUCCAAAAGUUGAUUAUAGAAAAACAGAACCAGGUGACUUAAAUGUAUUUGAUAAAUUAUUUCUCCAUAGCAAGACUGAAGAAAAUGAUACUUGGUUAAAAUACUAUGAGUGUGAUAAAUAUGACAAAAUUAUCUAUAAGAAGUCACAGAUUAUUAUAUACCACAGAAAUCGUUUAGGGGAGAAGCUUUAUGAAUGCAGUGAAUGUAGGAAACGCUUCAGUAAGAGAUCAAGUCUCAUUAAACACCAGAGCAGACAUGUAAGAGAGUUAGCCUACGGCUGUGGUAAAUGUGGCAAAACCUUUCCCCAGAAGUCACAGUUUGUCACACACCACAGAACUCAUACAGGAGAGAAACCUUAUAAUUGUAGCCAGUGUGGGAAAGCCUUCUCCCAGAAGUCACAGCUCACAUCCCAUCAGAGGACACACACUGGAGAGAAGCCAUAUGAAUGUGGUGAGUGUGGGAAAGCCUUCUCCCGGAAGUCACAUCUUAUAUCGCACUGGAGGACACACACAGGGGAAAAACCCUACGUGUGCAGCGAAUGUGGGAGAGCCUUUAGUGAAAAGUCAAAUCUCAUCAAUCAUCAGAGAAUCCAUACAGGAGAGAAACCCUUUGAGUGCAGAGAAUGCAGGAAGGCUUUUAGCAGGAAAUCACAGCUUGUUACACAUCACAGGACUCACACAGGAACCAAACCUUACGGAUGUAGUGAUUGUAGAAAAGCCUUCUUUGAGAAAUCAGAGCUCAUUAGACACCAGACAAUUCACACUGGAGAGAAGCCCUAUGAAUGUGGCGAAUGCCAGAAAGCCUUUAGAGAGAGGUCAAGUCUCAUCAAUCAUCAGAGAACCCACACAGGAGAGAAACCUCAUGGAUGCAUUCAAUGUGGGAAAGCCUUCUCCCAGAAGUCACAUCUGAUAUCACAUCAGAUGACACACACAGGUGAGAAACCCUUUGUAUGUAGUAAGUGUGGGCGGGCCUUCAGCAGGAAAUCUCAGCUUGUUAGACAUCAGAGAACGCACACAGGAGAGAAACCCUAUGGCUGCAGUGAGUGUGGGAAAGCUUUCAGUGAGAAAUUAAGCCUCACUAAUCAUCAGAGAAUUCACACAGGAGAAAAGCCCUAUGUGUGCACUGAAUGUGGGAAAGCCUUUUGUCAGAAGUCACAUCUCAUAUCGCAUCAGCGGACACACACAGGAGAGAAACCCUAUGAAUGCACCGAAUGUGGGAAAGCCUUUGGAGAGAAGUCAAGUCUUGCAACUCACCAGAGAACUCACACGGGAGAAAAACCCUAUGAAUGCAGGGACUGUGAAAAAGCCUUUUCCCAGAAAUCCCAGCUCAAUACUCACCAGAGAAUCCACACAGGAGAGAAACCUUAUGAAUGCAGUCUUUGUAGGAAAGCUUUCUUUGAGAAAUCGGAGCUAAUUAGACAUCACCGAACUCAUACAGGAGAAAAACCUUAUGAAUGUGGUGAAUGUAGAAAAGCCUUCAGGGAGAAAUCAAGUCUCAUCAAUCAUCAGAGAAUACAUACAGGAGAGAAACCCUUUCAGUGCAGUGAAUGUGGCAAAGCCUUCUCCCGGAAAUCACACCUGAUACCACACCAGAGGACACAUACAGGAGAGAGGCCCUAUGGAUGCAGUGAGUGUAUGAAGGCGUUCUCCCAGAAGUCACAGCUUGUUAAUCACCAGAGAAUUCAUACCGGAGAGAAACCUUAUCAAUGUAACGAAUGUGGGAAAGCCUUCUCCCAAAAGUCACAGCUUAUUAAUCAUCAGAGAACUCAUACAGUAAAGAAAUGAUAGACAUUGACUUAAUAUUAGUCUUUGAAAGAGACCUGAACUCAUUGUACUUCAAAAAGUGCAGUUGGUAAGUCAGAUAAUAGAUCACAUUAUAUGUCAGUGUUGUUUUGGGUAGGAACUCUAAAUGAGGUUAUGUAGGGAAAGCUUUCAUCAGAUUGACAUGUUUAUAUAUCAGAAUUCAUAGAGUGGAAUGAGCCUAUGAAAUGCAGUGUAUGUCCAAAAGCUUUCAAACUAUAGUUACACCUUAUGCAGUAGAAAAUUCACAGCAAAGAGGAAUACCAAGAAUAUUAGAAAGUCUUCCAGAGUGCAGAUCUCAUUGGCUGUUAGAAAUACUCCUACUAGGGGUAAAUCCUAGUCCAGUGGGUGAAGGAACCCCCUUGGAUGUGGCACUUGAGGUAAUAUUUUUAUCAAGAAAUGACAGCUCGUUGUACAUAAAAAAAUGUUCCCAGGAAUGAAAUUUUAUCAAGACACUAAAUAUGGGACAGUGUUUAGCAAGUAAUCCAAUGGUAUUUUGGACAAUUCACGUUGUGGGUAAACCUAACAAUUUAAAGACAUUGGAAAUAUGUGCCCUAGAAAUAAUGCUAUAAAGGGAAGCCAUGUAAUUUUUGUACACAAUUCUAUCCCAUUCUAAAUGGUUGACAGAUCUUCACUCUGAAGUAUGGAAUUUUAAAUAUAUGUGAAUAAACUGAAUCAUUGAAAAAUCUAAA